AUGAGCCGUCGAAACUCACUGAGAAGAGUGCAGGCCGUUGAGCCAUUGGAUUUCGAAGAGGAAAGAAGCAGAGGCAAAAAAUGCUUCAGCAAAGAAGACUGGUCAGGUGCCGUAGCCCACUACACAAACUGCGCGCGAUUCAAGAAAAAGAACGACGAAUCUGCAACAAAUGAUCUUGUCGCCGCUUACUCCAACCGUGCUGAGGCACUUUUACAGAUGGGCGAGUUCAACUUGGCCCUACGCGAUUGCACAAAAGGCCUCGAAUUAGAUCCCAAAAAUCUCAAAACCCUCUACAGAAAAGGCCGGGCACUUCACGCCCUCAAAGAAUUCUCUCAGGCUUUUUUUGUCCUAGAAGAAGCCCUAGAAAUUCACCCGGAGCACUCAGAAGUAUUGACUGCUCUGCAACAGUGUAAAGCUUCGUAUGCCCAAGCCCGCAUGGGGGAGUACGACGUGUCGGAGUUCUUGCAUGGACGCCAGCCGCCACCUCGGGUAGAUGAUGUCAUCGGUGACGUCGAGAUCAGGAAGACGAAGGACGGGCGCGGGUGGGGACUCUACGCCACGAAAAAUGUCGGCGCCGGCGAGCUGCUCCUCGUGAGCAACGCAGUCGCUGUUGCCCGCCGUCAUGCAGAGUUUGCGGCCGCCGAUAAAAUGCUUGCAUGUUUGCAUGAAGAUCUUGUACGUGCCGUCAUCGAUGCUGCAGACAAAUCUCAUGUCUUCGCACAACAGCUUUGUGCGCUGGACGAUGGAUCUGCACAGGGCCGUGCAUUGACGCCCGACAUGGGCUUGUUCCAGCCUGGCAGACGCCGUUCCGUAGCAGUACAGGAAUUUGAUGGGGCUCGCAUUCGUGAUAUCGUUGCUCGAAAUGCGUUGUCUAGGGAAGUUAUGACGGUGGGAUCUAGUGAGGUUCUGUGUGGAUUGUGGCUGCUGCCGUCUUUUAUCAAUCACUCCUGCAUUCCCAGUUCGGGUAGAUUGACAGUCGGAAAUGCGAUGUUUUUGCAUGCGGCGAAGGACAUCAACAAGGGGGAAGAAAUCACAAUGUGCUAUUCCGAUGCCUUGCUUCCUCUCCCGCUGCGCCAGGCCAAAUUCGAGGCUUGCGGUUUCAAGUGCAUUUGCCGGCGUUGCAGUGUGGAGAAGUCUUUGUACUCUGUUCUUAAGCCUUUGUAUUCACAGUUUGAGGCCUUGCAUGAUAAGGCUGUGGGGGAAACGAAUUGGGCUAGGGCUUCGGGGCGAGAGUUCCUCACUGAGUUGCCUAAAUGUGCAGAAUUUGGGGAGGUUUUUUUGAAGCUUGAGCAAAUUCUGGCUAAGCAGUCGAGAAUGAAGGACGAAGAGAAGAAGUGGAUUAGAUCUUCUUUUGUUUCUGCUUACUUGGCUGGAAUUCAGUCGGAGGAGUUCUUUCCUAAAACUCUUGAGGAUCCUUUUCCUGCACGGGUUGAAAUAAUGCAGGCCAUUCAGAGUACCGUGCCAGGUGAUGUGAGGACCCUCGUUAUGGCUGCCCAUGAAUUGAAAGAGAUGAAGGGUUUGGCUGGGGCAAGUGAACAAUGGGCUGUAGAGCAUUCUGCAAUACUGGCCUCACAAGCUUGCAUCAAAGUUUUUGGUAAUCAUAGGGAUGAUGUUAUUCAAGAACUUAUAUCCAGUUAUUCGAACUGCCAUGUCUUUUAG